AUGCAGACCGCAAUACGUCAGAGCUUAAGACGAACGCAUGUAUACACAAGAACAGCCCUCAGAACGUGCCAGUUGAGAGGCUUGGCUACAUCCAACUUGAGUAUCCGAUGGGGUCCUCAAGACCCUCCUCUCUACAAAGGCACGAUCCCAGAACACUUUGCCUCAGUUGUCUCAGAGCAUGGUGACCGAGAAGCAGUCAUAGCUCGAUCUGCAGGUGUCGAUGCUCAUGAGUCAACAUUAACAUAUUACGCUCUUGACUCGCUAUCCAACAGCCUCGCCCACUCUCUCUCCUCACUCGGUGUUCGUAAAGGAGACUGCGUUGCCAUCUCGCUAGGCAAUGGGCCCGAAUUUGCAGCUCUAACCUACGCCUGCUUCAAGCUCGGCGCUAUUCUGGUGCCGCUAAACCCAGGCUUCAACGAGCGUCAAGUAGCAGCUGCACUUAAGCACCUAGCCGUCGAGACUCUCAUUAUCGGCGCUGUGAAGGAUCUGGCUUACAAACCUGGGAGGGGACGGAGUAAUCAACAUCUCCUGCAGGGCAUUGUGGGAGAUGUUUCGGCGUCCGAGAUCCAGAGCGAGAUGGUCCCCUCUUUGCGUAACGUUGUGGUUUUGGACAACUUGGCGCAUCAUCCAGAUGUCAAAUUUGACCUCAAGGCUUGCCGAGCUUUUACCCCUUAUUCAUCCCUUGUCGAUGGCUCCGUGAAUGCUGUGAAUCCGGACUCGCCUUUGAAACCGAGUGAUGUUAUCAACAUCCAGUUUACAUCGGGCACUACGUCGCUCCCCAAGGCAGCUAUGCUCUCGCACCGCGCCAUUCUUAACAACGGUGCUUUGAUAGCACAUCGAAUGGGUCUUCAUCCCGACGAUCGUAUUGUUGUACCUCCUCCGCUGUUCCACUGCUUCGGCUGUGUUCUGGGAUACAUGGCUACGGCCACCACAGGCGCCGGUAUUCUCUUCCCCAGUCCCGCAUUUGAUCCCGAGGCUACUCUUCGCAUGGUAGUUGACCACGAGGCUACGGGUCUCUACGGUGUCAACACCAUGCUAGUCGCUGUUCUGGAAGCCCUUGAUCGGGGAGACGUUGUCUCUCAACCACCGCAUCACCUACGCAAGGGUAUCGUCGCUGGCAGCAGCGUGCCCCCUUCACUUAUGAGUACCCUUUACAAACGCCUCGGUCUUGAGGAUCUUGUGAUUUGUUACGGUAUGACCGAGACAGCACCCGUGAGCUGCAUGACGAGUCCCUCGGACCCUGUUGACAAACGUACUUCAUCCAUUGGCCGCGUCAUGCCACAUACAGGACUCAAGAUCGUCGAUCCUCUAGACCAUAGCAAAAUUCUGCCCGUUGGAGAACGAGGCGAGCUUGCAGCAUCAGGAUAUCUCGUCAUGGAAGGUUAUUACGGCGAUGAAGCCCGCACAUCUGAAGUCCGUGUGCCAGACCCAGAUGAUGGAACGAUAUGGAUGUAUUCUGGUGAUGAAGCCGAGAUGGAUGAGCAGGGCUAUGUACAAAUUACAGGUCGUAUCAAAGACCUCAUCAUCCGUGGCGGAGAGAAUAUUCACCCCUUGGAAGUGGAAGACUGUCUCCUGACUCAUGAAGGUGUCCGGGAAGCUAGCGUUAUAGGAGUUCCUGACGAGCGAUAUGGCGAGGCAGUCGCUGCCUUCGUCAUCCCCGCACGCGGAUGGACCCCGUUGGAUCACAUGGAAGACGUGCCCCUCGAUAGAGCGAGGGCCAAAGAGGACGGGACCUUGACAAGAGAUGGGCUGAGAGAAUGGGUCGCGGCAAACCUAUCCAAGCAUCUCGUGCCAAAGUAUGUCUUCUGGAUUGACGAGUAUCCUAAAACACCAAGUGGAAAGGUGCAGAAGUACAAGUUGAAGGAAUACGCCAAGGAGAUUUUGGGCGACGAGGGGGUAAAAACACAAUGA